AGUUCAGCUGCGUUUGCCUUCAGAUCAGUUAUCUGAGCGCUGACCUGUGUGUGUGUGUGUGUUCACAGGAUAAAAGCCCAGUGUCGUUCAGCUCAUCUCAGAAAACCUGAAACAUGAAGCUUUACCUUCUGCUGCUGCUGCUGCUGCCGCUCUGCUCAGCACAACAGUUUCACAUUCAGUGUUUCGGUCAUGACUUCCUGAUGCUCAACAACCAGCCGCUGAAGUGCAAUGGCAAAUUCCAACAGGCCUGCUACACCAGAGAUAGUGGAGAGAAAGGCUGCACCAUGCUGGAGAACUGCUCUCGGAUUGGUUGGACCUGCUGCCAUACGAACUUCUGCAACGCCUGACCAAUCACAGCCCAGGACACACUGACAUCAUCACACUGCACAAUGUGAAAUAAAGUUAGAAGCUGCGUGAUA